ACGAAACACGAAACGUAGUUAGUUUGUUUAUAAAGUUUAUUAAAUAAAUUAUAUAUUUAUAAAUGAAUGUACGGGUUUAUUAGUGCUUUAUAUUUACAUUAAAAUGGCUGAAGUUAAUAUACCAAGUGAUGAGCAUAAUAUAUGUGAUAAGAAUACAAAUAAUGAAGCGUUUGAAAAUGUAGAACAUGAUGAACAUAUUUCUGAUCACGAAAUUCAACUAAAUACAAAUAAGAAUAAUGAAGACAUUUUAGCAAGUGACGAAACUGAUACCGUAGACAUAAAUACAGCAGAGUCUGAUAUUUCAAAUAAUAGUGAAUGUAAUAUAGUGAAUAAUAAAUUAGGGGAGCCAAAAGAAGAUUAUGGACAUAAAGACACCGAAGACAAUAAUAGUGAAGAUGAGAAUAAUGACAAUAGAAAGGAUAUUUUAAGCAGUGACGAUGAAGAAGAUGUCACAACAAAUAAUAAAUCAAAGAGAAAACAUAUCAGUCGAAUUGAGAGUGAUAGCGAAACAGAAGAAACAGUCUUGCAAACAAAAAAUAACAGUGAACCAGUAAUAUACAGAACUGACUCAAAAGACGAGAUAAUUCCAGACAAUAAUAUUGAAAAUAAUACAACUAGUAUUUUACCAAGAAAAAGGCAUAUUAUUCAAAUUGAUAGUGACAGUGAAACAGAAGAAAUCACUUCAGAAACAAGAAUUAGUGAUGAAAAUAACAGUGAACCAGUCAUUUAUACUACUGAUUCAAAAGGAGAAAUAGUUCCAGAAAACAGUAGUAAUGUGAUUAAAUCUAGAUUAGCUACUUUGUGUGAUUCAGACAGUGAAGAGGAAUAUACAGUUAACGAUGAUGUAUCACCCCCAAAUGAUCCAUCUGAAGAGGAUAUGAUUGAGCAAACCCAGCAUAAUAAUGAACCAAAGAAAAGUAGAAUUAAUACAAAGAAACCAAAGGUCCAAAAUAAAGUUUCUGACGAUCCUAAACCUAUGACUCCUAAGGAAGCUGCUGAAUUAAGAAAAGAAAUCCAGUCAGAAUCACAAAGAAUGUUAAGGGAAAAAAACGUUUCUUUACCCUAUCACAAACCGAAACCCAGAAGUCUAAAGGAAUUCUUGGCCAGACGUCCCAAACUUGCCACUGCUACUUCUAUAAUUGGGAAAGCUCCACCUUCGGUUGCUAUAAAAAUGUCUACAGAACAGCUAGAAUUAGUGUCAAAACAGUUAAAAAUACGCGAAAAGGAAGUUAGAGAGUUUUAUAAGUCGGAAAGUGAGUCUGAUGGUGAAAACGAAGGGGAGUCAGUGUCUCAAAGUGUUAACAAUGAUGAGAACAAGGAAAAUGACAAACCUGAGGGUGAUAGAGAUAUGUUAACUGAAGAUAUUUCUCUAAAUGAAAAUACAGAGGACAAAAUAAAUAAUAUAGAGAGUGACAAUAAAGAAAAUACAGAAGCUUUAAAUGAAGAUGGUAUUCAUAAAGGCCAAGAAGAUAUUAUAACUGAGAAGAAUACCGACAAUGAAGAUGAAAUUUUACUAUCUGAAAGUUUAGAACAUGUAAAUGAUUGUGGUACCGAUAAUAUCCUGGAAAAUAUAGAUAAAAGCACUGAACAAGUUACUAACGAUGUUAUUGAAAAGGAUAUAAUUGAACCAAUGGAAAUUGAUAAUGUUUUAGAAACCGAUAAUAAUGUAGAAAAUAAUUAUAAUGACAAAGAUUCUAACUUAGAGGAGCCUGAACAAGAGCUUAAUACAAUGGAAAGUGAGAGUUACAAAUUUAAUUUAGAUGAUAUAGGUCAAAGUCCUGAAAAACAAUACUUGCUAGAAAGUAACUCUCAUGCAAUUGAUGGCAUUAAUAAAGAAUCUAUCAAUGAAAAACCUAGUAAUGAAUCUUCAGAAAACAAUGCUGAAGCUUUAAAAGAAAAUUUAGAUGACCAAGUGAAUGUUCGGGCGUCUAGACAGUUUACUUUUACUGAUUUGGAUAGAGAAAUUGAGGCACAUAAUGAAGACAAUAAUGAGUCGAACGUGGUUAAAUCCAAAAUGGAGAUUUUAAAAGAAAAAUUGGUUAAUUUUAAACCAAAGUUGAGUGGUGAUCCAAAUCAUGUUAUAGAUUUGGAUAGUGGAGUGACCAAGCCAAAGGAGGUGUUUCAGUUGAUGGAAAGGUUUGCUAAACAUGUUUCAACCAAGAAAUAUGUUCCUAAGCAUAAACUUCAGAUGAGUAUUGUCACUGUUGAAACUGGUGGUGAUAUACACAAAGAAACAGUCGCUGUCAACGUAGAUGAAGAUGACAAAGACAUAACACUUGAAGAAAAACCAGGGGCAAGACUAAUGAAAUUGAAGGAAGACCUCCAAAACCAGAUGGCAGAAAGGAAAUCGCAGAUUUGGCAACAAAAGGCUGCCAAAGGAAUGGGCAAGACCGAAGAAAUCGAUGAAAGUAACAAGGAGCAAAUUGUGGAUGAAUAUGACAUUUUGGACGAUGAAGAUGAAGAGGAUGUAGAAAUGACCGAUGAAGAAUAUUCAGAGGAUGAAAUUGAUGAGAAUGAUGUUGAAAUGAAGGACAAACCAAAGAAGAAGUCUGAAUUCUUGGAUGAAGAGGCUGAAGAAAGCGAAGCUGAAGAAAAUGAUGAACCAUCAAAUAAAGAAGGUUUUGAAGAAAAUGUACUGAAUGAAAAUGCAGAAGAUGACAAUGAAGAAGAAGAUUCAGACAAUGAAGAUAAUGGGGAAGAUAACAGUGAAGAUUCAAAUAAUUCAAAUGAUGCAAAAAUUAAUGAAGAACCUCCAGAAGGUUGUGAAGUUAAAAAGAAAAUACUGAAGAGAAUUGUGCAGUUUGAAGAUGAUUCUGACGAUGACAGUUUCCAUGAACCUAAUCAAACCCAAAAGCAAAACUUAACAGAGCACCUAGAUUCCACAGUAACUGCAACUGAUGAAGAUGAUUUUAUACCUCCCCAUCAACCAAACCAAACAAAAACGCCUCUAAGACAACCGAUGAGCCAAUCAAAAUCCAUUACAGAUUUUUUGACACCAAUUUCAUUUCUGACAAGUAUCCAGAAUUUGGCUUCAGCUACAAAGUCAAAAGAUAUUGUGUCGCCUUUUAAAGUACCUGGGGGGGUACUAAGUUCGCCAAAAAAUGAAAGAGACGGAAUGCCCCAAAGAAAGCUGUUUCAUUCUGACGUUAUUAGUUCUCAGAGUUCAGUAGAUACGUUCAGUGACCAAACAACAACUCAAGAUACUUCUUCAAGCAACGAAUCGAAACAAACCACCGAAUCACAAACUUCUACAGUAACUGAGGAGCCUCCAAACACUCAAGAUUUACUUGGUAUAUGUUCUGGUGAGUUCACAGGUGUGACUCAGCCAGAACCUACAAUUGAGAGCUUCACCGCUACACAAAACGAAGAAAUAAAAGCCUUAGGUUCCGACCAAGACAUGAUUAUAUCUCAACUUCUUGACGAGGAAGAGCUCGAAAAUUUUAAGAAAAAAUUCGAAUCGCCUGUUUUACCUACAUCUCAACGUGUUACUGUUGAAAAAGAAACACAAGAGAUUGUUGGUGGAGGUGUGAUAGACUCAGACAAUGAAGAUGGAAGUGAGAAUGACAAUAAUGACGUUUCAUCUAGGAAGAAAAAGAGAAAUAGCAGAAGAAUACAGUUUUCAGAUGAUGAAAGUUCAGAUAAUGAAGAAAAUGACGACGAGGAAAUUGACUUACACGACGAAGAUUUGGACGAGAAUGAAGAUAACGUUGACAACGUCGGAUACGAUUCUGAAGAAAACGAGGUUGAUCUAGAUGAAGAAGGGGUGAAAAAGCAACAAAACAUGAAGCUUGGGGAUUUCCUUGACGAAGAGGCAGAGCUUUCUGAAUCGGAAUGGGGCAGUGAAGAUGAGGAUGAGAGGGAUUUGGAUAAAUUGGAGAUUGAAUUGGGAGAUACCGAGAAAUUUGAUGACGAAAAAAUGAAGGAAGACCUGGAAAAGAUCCAUAUGCGAAGAAUGUUAGAUGAUGAUACCAGAGAAGUAAAAAUGCUCCAAGAAUUAUUGCUGGAAGAUGGAGAAUUGCAUGGUACAGGGAGACAAAGACAAUUUAAAUGGAAAAAUAUAGAUUUAACUGAUGACCAAAGAGACGGUGAAAAAGGAGAGGAAGAAAUCUAUAUGGAUGAGGAGGAAAGUGAGGAACAAUGGAGGAAAAAAAGACACGAAAGAGAGAUGUUUUUGAAGGAAAAAUUGAAGAAAACCGAAGAUAUUCAGGAUGAUCUAGUCAAUCACAGCCAGUUCCUGAAAAUCGGUCAAAAAGUUCUGGAAAGAAGCCAGAGUCUCAACUCACAAAAUAGUACACCCAAUGAGAAAUCGGAAGUGGAUUCAACAGAAAAUACCGCUCCUAAAACUCCCUUUCCCCUAUUGAGUAAAAGAGGGUCAUUUUUGAGUAGAGGCGAUCAAGUUCUUCAAAGAUUAGCAGAAUACACUAAAGUCAGUGCAGAAAUAAAUGUCAGUUCUUCUAAAACCACUAAAAAUUUUGUCUUUCAAAGCGUUUCAUCUUUGGAAGUAUCAGUAUCUUCGGCUGCUAAUAAAAAACGGAAAGCAGCUGAAGGUACACCCAAUGUCCUAAAAAAACUAAGGCUAAACACGACCUUUAGUCCGGCGGAUAAGAAAAAGAAAGAUAAAUCUGAAAGAGCGAGGAAAUUGUUUAAUUUUUAGACUGAG